UCUAAAAAAACAAACUACACUAUAAAACAGUCUAUUUGACUCCCCGAAGAAGACAAGUCAGUUUUACUGCCGGCAUCAUGCAUGCCCUGCACAAACUUCUGCUGUUUCACCUUCUGACAAGUCUCGGACGAGAUGCACUUGGGGGUAAAAUCAUAAAUGGAAAAAAAGCCCCGGAGAACUCGAUGCUGUACAUGGCCUCGUUGCAGAACAGCAGAGGUCAACAUGUAUGUGGAGGAUUCCUCAUCAGUGAAGACUUUGUGCUCACUGCUGCACACUGUGACAUCAAAAUGAUUUUAGCAAAAGUCAUUCUAGGCACCCACAGUCUGAAGGAGGCUAAUGGCAUCAAGAGAUCCAUUGCGAAGAGGUGCAAACACCCAUCUUAUGUGGAUGCUGGAAAAGGUCAUGACAUCAUGCUCCUAAAACUGUCUGGUGAAGUUAGCCUGGGCAAAAGAGUACAACUCAUUGAGCUUCCUCGUUAUGGCACAGAAGAAAACCAGAAGUGCGAGGUAGCUGGAUGGGGUUUGAAUAAAACUCGUGGUACAUCUGUUAAUGAUCUGAGAGUGGUUGAUGUGUCUAUCAUUAACCGGAGAGUCUGUAAGAGAAAAUGGAGACGUCUUCCUGACAAUGUUAUCUGUGCUGGUGGAUAUAACACAACCAAAGGAAUUUGUCAGGGUGAUUCUGGUGGUCCUCUGGUGUGCAACGGGAAGGCUGUUGGUAUCGUGUCUUUCAAUCACAUUCGCAACUGUAACUACCCAGACUACCCCAAUGUCUACACAGACAUAUCAAAAUACCUUCCCUGGAUCGACAACAUUCUCCAACAAAAGAAUUGUUAAAUGUAACAAUCUUACACCAAGCUUUGCAUACCCUCGCAUAUGUAUUAAGGAGAGGUAGUUGUGUCUGAAUUGCUCUGUCUGUGUUUGCUGUUUAACAUAAAAGCAAAAUAAAAAAUCAU